UUACAACGCCAUGGGCCAGUCCCUGCGCCUCUUUUGGGCAGCUUGUGCACUGGGUGAUUCGCAAGAUGACUCUGGUGACUCCAUGGAAAAGUUGGCAAGGUGGCAACAUGAGUGGCAUAUUACUGCCGAGGCGGAAGCAAAACAGGCCAUUGCAACUGGAUUUGCAAACUCCAUGACAGAAAAGGGCACCGAUCCUAUGAAAGCAGCCAGCUUUUUGGAUUGCGAGAACGGCGACGAGUUUUGGCAGAGCUUUCGCAGUGCUUAUAGAAAAACAGGACCUUUGUCUCCAGAAACAGGUUCUUUGGCAUAUUUGAAAUGGAAGGAUUGGGAGACCUUCAUUGACGGAAUGGAUGAGAAUGAAGCCUUCAAGGGCCGGAUCUUUGUCCCUUUGGCCGGGGAAUGGCGUGCCGAUGGCUCAGCGUUUUUCACCCAAAUUCGCGAGAAACGGGAUUGGGUCACUGCACUGCAGAAAUCCCAAUGGCAGGGAUUAUUUGGUUCUCCACCUGCAUGGUCUUCGGAUAACUUGGUGGGUUUCAUGCUGUGUCCCGUUGGCUUUGCCUUGGUUCAAUAUGUGAUUUUCUUGGUGCACAAAAUGCGAUCCAACUUGCCAGAAGAUGCUGCCAGAUUGAACUUGGAAAGUAUGCUGUUGGCAUUUGUGACGAUUUUGGAUUCGAACUUUGAUCAUUUGGAAUCAUCCAACUGGAAUGCCUCAUCUUUCGACUUAGCCGUGAACCUGAAUUUGGAAGAUCCAAAGUUCUACCCCAGAUAUUCUGAUUAUACCGCAUCCUUGGAUCCCUUGCCAUUGAGAUAUCCCACUUGGCGGGAGGAUUUGCCGUACGCAGAAUCCCAAUUCACUGUGGCUGAUAGGCUGAAGCGACAGUUAGUGGAGCCUUUCAGAGUUGCUUUGGUGGGCGAACAUGGUCCCAGCAACUUGGAAAACCUGGCUGCGAUACAAGCUGCAACUGAGGUAUCACAUACAUCACAUACAUCACAUAUAUCACCAUCACAUACCAUUGAGGCGGGUCAUUUUUUCAGUUAUCUGUGGCAACUGAAAGGCCUUUCUGAUAGCGCUUCUUUAUCAUCAUCUCUGCGGAUCAGUUGGGAUGCCUUUUGGGGCCAACCACUCACAGAGUCUGCCGGGAGAGACAAACUGAGUACACCAAUUUGGACCAUCCAACAAGCAGUUUGGUCUUUGAGAGAGUUUGCCCGGAGAGAUGCAUUUCUACGAACUUCCAAAGUGAUCAUUUGCAGUGAACCUCUGUGGCUUUGCGUUUUGCUCCAUGCAGCUCUUCACGAUCUUCCGCCAGUACCCACAGAUCCGUCUAGCCCGUCGUCGUCAUCGUCCCGACUGUUGACACGUGCGAGUGCAGCAGGACGUGUGAUGUGUUUGCUGGUGGAUUUCGAUCAAGUCUUUGGCCUCGACGAAGUCGAUGAAUUUUGGACCUUGGUCGAAAGGACGGCCUUCGGUCGAAAUGGCGCCAACACCAACGGCGCGGUGAGUGCCACGUCUCGCAUGACAGCAGAGAUGCUUUGGUGGCAAGCAGGUAUCAGAGUGCCCUACGUUCCUUGUUUGUCUCUCUACAUUUCUGCUCGUUACAAGCCAACGAAACCCGACAUGUUGUUUUUCCGAUCCUCUUUGCCGGGUGCCUCACCUUUCUUGCGGGUGCUGCGGCUGAUUGAAGCGGAGAAUGAAGCAGCUAGAGGCUCCAGUGGCGUCAACAUCGACACGAUGACGAAAUCCAUGACUUUCUCAGAAAUGGCCUCGUACAGGUCAAUUGCGAUGUUGCCACACAUUCCCAACGCUUUACGUUUGUCGGAUAUGUAUUGCAUAGGCAUUCCGCUCUUCAUACCGGACGAGCCAAUGAUUCAUAAAUUUAUUUGGCCAGAUGAUCCCCUACCUCUUCUCAGCAAGAUCCGCAUGCCUGCCAUGCGAGGAGCUAACACUUCGGAGCCUUCCCCGUUGGACUUUCAAGUGGCCGGCAGACGAUAUUAUCAAUUUCGACGGGAGCGACAUUACUGGCUGCAAUACACCGAAUGGUGGGUAAGGCCGCAUCUUCUUCACUUCAGCAGUGCCCGGGACCUGCUGGAAAAGGCCAUGCUUUCCGGAGAGGAAGCUGCUAGCGUCAGCCAAAAGAUGAGGAAACAGCAGGAAAAACUGAAAAUCGAGGUGCUGGACUUCUGGCGCUUUGCGUUGACAGCGGCGCUGGGUUGGACUGGCGAAUAGCGGUGCUGAAGAUCAAAA